AUGUCCAGAUCAAAGAUUGAAGAUCUAGGAUUCCUGGAAUUGGUACCAGGUAUCGAUCCCAUCGUCGACAUCGUCGCCAUCCACGGCUUGAACGGUCACAGAGAAGAAACCUGGACGACAGAUGGUGGAAUCCUUUGGCUGCGUGACCUCUUGCCAUCGGCUUUGCCCAACGCUCGCGUCCUUACGUAUGGAUAUGAUGCCGAUACUCGUAGCCGAGAAUGCGUAUCGACGCAGACGAUUCGCCAGCACGCGGAUGGGUUCGCCAAGGCUUUAGCACGGAAGCGGACAGCAGACCCUCGACGUCCCAUCAUCUUCGUCGCACACAAUUUGGGGGGCAUAAUUGUCAAAUGGGCACUCGUCAUCUGCCAUAAUCAGAACCUGGCGUCAAAAGGUGACCUCCGAGACAUCUUAGUAUCGACUCAUGGCGUCCUAUUCUUUGGUACCCCGCAUUCCGGCAUGGAAAGCACACUCCUUGAAACCAUCAACCGCUUGGCGUCUAUGUACAUGAAAACGACAGACGGCAUCCUCAAGGAUCUUCGGGAACAUUCUUCGGAGCUAGCAACUGUACAGAGUCUUUACGUCGAAGCGAGUGAAAAGAUAGCUAGCGUAUUCUUCUGCGAGGAGUACAAAACUCCCGUAGAUAGAAAGAGACAGAGACUGAAUGUUCCUCAUCAUUCGGCGAUCAUCCCCGGUGACCGCAAUGCGCCGGCGGUGACACUCCACAGUGAUCAUGGAAAUCUAGUCAGAUUCCCGACGGUAGACAACGACAACUAUCAAACAGUACUUCAUUACCUCAGCGAGUAUUUCGUCAGCGCUCGCCAGACAGUGCACGAAAAGUGGCUUACAGAGGAUGGGUUGCGCCUCGUCGCGAAAGGAAAAUCCAUCUUGCCCAACACUGUGGACCCGCCUGUGGACAUGUCUGUCUUAUUCCAGCUACCAAUGGUCGCAUUUGCUCCAUCUUCUGUGCACAAUCCGUGCCUCAAAGGAACUCGUGCAGCUGUCCUCGACACAAUCUCCAAGUGGGCUAAUGACGAUUCCACCGAGAAGCCAAUCUUUUGGCUCUGCGAUAUAGCCGGCUCUGGCAAAUCGACCGUCGCUAUGUCUACAGUGGAGACGUGGAAAAGGGAGGGAGUCCUAGGUGGUACAUUCUUUUUCUCAAUAGCAAGUAAUGAGGGUUCAACUACCGAGAGGUUCUGUCCCACUCUCGCCAGGGAACUCGCCCAGCAUAUCCCGAAACUUAGGCCCCAUAUCGCCGAGGCCGUGAAGCAGAACCCUGCUCUCUUACGAAGUUCCUUCGAUGAGCAGUUCCGGAUACUCAUCACCGACUCACUUCGACAUCGACAAGAUCGAGUGAUUCUCGUCGUUGACGCCAUCGACGAAUGCAAGUCUGGACAACAAAGAAGAGAACUUGUAGAGACCCUGGCUACUGCUGUGCAGGAGAGCAAUGGUCUCCGGAUAUUCAUCACGAGCCGACCGGACCCUAUCAUCGAAAGGGUCUUAGAACCUCUUUCGAUCAAAGCCAAGUUGACAGAUCGCCUUCACGAUCCUAUAUAUCACGAUAACAUCGACGACAUUGCGGUCUAUGUACACCAGUCGCUAGAAGCGGUUCUGCCUUACGACAAGAGGCAGCGACUGGUCGAAAAAGCCAAAGGCUUGUUCAUUUGGGCAAGUACGGCUUGUCGAAUGCUUGCCGAGGAGACCGCCGUGAUUGCUCCUGACGCUACAUAUGAUCAGUUGAUAUCCAUGGAUCAGCGCGGGACUAUAGACGACGUCUAUGAACUCGUCUUCGAUCGCAUUGAUGAAAAAUCUAAAGCUGUCAUCCAUGAAAUGCUCGCUAUGCUGCUCGCCGCGUUCGAGCCGCUCACUACCGAUUAUUUGGAGGACAUGAUGAGGCACGCCAACGUGCGCGGAAGCGCCACGGCGCUAGUACGAAAUCUCGGAAGCAUACUCAAGGAGGAUACAAUCACACACUUGAUUCAGUUUCGCCAUCCCACCGUCGUCGAGUACCUUCGACGUUGCUGCAUUGGCCCAACUGCCGACAUGCGCAAUAGGAUCCAUAUCAACAUAUCCCGGGCACAUGGCCAAGCUGCAUCAUGGUGUCUCCAUCGUCUUAAAUCGCGCAGGGAAGGCCUCAAGUUCAACAUAUGCCAAAUCGACUCUUCUUUCUACCUAAAUAGGCAGAUUCCAGACCUCGAAGACCGGGUGGCGAGAUUCGUUUCACAGAUGCUUCGCUAUGCCAGUUUGCACUGGCCGUUCCAUGUAUCGGCGAUGGAUGAUGAGUCGGCAGACAAGCUGCGGAAUGAGCUAGCACAUAUAGUCAAAAGUCCUUUUGCACUCUACUGGAUGGAGGUACUGAGUGUGACAAGAGGAGUAAUGCGAGCAGUAUCUGGACUUCGAGCUGCUGCACAACGUCUGAGCAUUGAAAAGGAGAUCAGGAUUCGGAUGAAUGACAUGAAACGAUUCUUAAUGGCAUUUUCCGUGCCUAUACAAGACAGCGCUCCCCAUAUAUACAUCUCAUCACUCCCAUUCAGUCCAAAGGGGUCAACAUUACAUGUUGAGGGCCUAAGGGAGCACAUGAAUACAUUGAGAGUGACCAGGGGUCUUGAAGAGACAUAUCCUGGGCUCCCCAGAAUACUCCAAGGUCAUCAAGACUGGGUCAGCGCUGUCGCAUUCUCGCCAGAUGGCUCGCGAAUUGUCUCUGGCUCAGCUGACAAGACAAUUCGACUGUGGGAUGCAGAGACUGGCCAGCCGUUGGGAGAGCCACUCCGAGGUCAUCAAGACUGGGUCACCGCUGUCGCAUUCUCGCCAGAUGGCUCGCGAAUUGUCUCUGGCUCAGGUGACAAGACAAUUCGACUGUGGGAUGCAGAGACUGGCCAGCCGUUGGGAGAGCCACUCCGAGGUCAUCAAGACUGGGUCACCGCUGUCGCAUUCUCGCCAGAUGGCUCGCGAAUUGUCUCUGGCUCAGGUGACAAGACAAUUCGACUGUGGGAUGCAGAGACUGGCCAGCCGUUGGGAGAGCCACUCCGAGGUCAUCAAGACUCGGUCACCGCUGUCGCAUUCUCGCCAGAUGGCUCGCGAAUUGUCUCUGGCUCAGGUGACAAGACAAUUCGACUGUGGGAUGCAGAGACUGGCCAGCCGUUGGGAGAGCCACUCCGAGGUCAUCAACACUGGGUCACCGCUGUCGCAUUCUCGCCAGAUGGCUCGCGAAUUGUCUCUGGCUCAGAUGACAAGACAAUUCGACUGUGGGAUGCAGAGACUGGCCAGCCGUUGGGAGAGCCACUCCGAGGUCAUCAACACUCGGUCACCGCUGUCGCAUUCUCGCCAGAUGGCUCGCGAAUUGUCUCUGGCUCAGAUGACAAGACAAUUCGACUGUGGGAUGCAGAGACUGGCCAGCCGUUGGGAGAGCCACUCCGAGGUCAUCAAGACUCGGUCACCGCUGUCGCAUUCUCGCCAGAUGGCUCGCGAAUUGUCUCUGGCUCAGAUGACAAGACAAUUCGACUGUGGGAUGCAGAGACUGGCCAGCCGUUGGGAGAGCCACUCCGAGGUCAUCAAGACUCGGUCACCGCUGUCGCAUUCUCGCCAGAUGGCUCGCGAAUUGUCUCUGGCUCAUAUGACCAGACAAUUCGACUGUGGGAUGCAGAGACUGGCCAGCCGUUGGGAGAGCCACUCCGAGGUCAUCAAGACUGGGUCACCGCUGUCGCAUUCUCGCCAGAUGGCUCGCGAAUUGUCUCUGGCUCAGAGACUGGCCAGCCGUUGGGAGAGCCACUCCGAGGUCAUCAACUCUGGGUCACCGCUGUCGCAUUCUCGCCAGAUGGCUCGCGAAUUGUCUCUGGCUCAGAUGACUGGACAAUUCGACUGUGGGAUGCAGAGACUGGCCAGCCGUUGGGAGAGCCACUCCUAGGUAAUCCAGCCCAGAUCAGCACUGCUAGGUUCUCGCCAGAUCAGGAGAGUAGUAUACCCUCUCUCUCCACAUUCUACACGUUUUCAACGCACACGCUCAACAGCGGCACGUCGUUUGGAUCGCUGGAUGACUGGACAGACGACAAACUCCAGCAAGCCUCCAUCUCAGAGUCGUCCACAACCCCUGCGCCUACUUCUAGCGCCACAUACCGAAUUCCCAGUGCCCUCCAUCGUCUCUCCACGCCCAUCCUCUGCCAAAUCUUUGCCAUUGCCGCCACCAUUUGCUACGACACCCGCCUCCACAUCCCACUCGUUUGUCAAAGGUUUCGUCACAUUGCCAUGCACAAUUGUCCACAAAUGUGGGACACGUUCGAGUUGCUCACAGGCAACUUGGGUGCACUCUCCUCCCGCCGACAAGUCGAAUACAUUCUCUCCAAAUCCAAAGACGUCGACCUCUACAUCGGUGUGGGAAUCGCAAGCUCUCGACUGGGAUCCUGGGAUCCCUCCGAGUCGAAUAUGGAUGAAGACGAGGAUCCAGAGUGGCCAUCGACACUCCACAGAAACGCUACGCGCUUGGUCGACCUCGUUGCAUCGUUUAUGCCCCGCGUCGUCAGUCUCGUCCUAGACGUACAUGACACCCCACUCGAGCCAGACCUCGAACGAGCACUCCAGUCCGUUUUUGAUGAUCAACACGCCACAAGGUUACGACGACUGACCAUGAUGGGCACAUACCAACUCGACCGUGUCGUACGCAGCAACCCCAUCUCGCCCUCUUUAUCCCAUCUCCGUCACCUCUGCAUUGUCUAUGCGUCCAAUUUUCGUAUCAUAGUGCCCAUGCCGCAAAUCACGAUGCUGGUGGUAUCCAUGCUCCCCGAAGAAUCAGCUCCAAACGCGAGCUCACUCGAGACGACGCUUUCCAACUUCCCAAACCUCGCGCGUCUCGAGAUUCUCGGCACAGCACCAACACACUACCCAAACGAUGCGCACGCUCGAAUAGGAGGACGAGGCGACGUGAGGUUGACGCUCCCCCAUGUCCGCCACUUGGUCCUCGAGCGAUUAUCCCUCACGAGCGCAUUCUUAUCCACCUUGUUCGUCCCGAGUAUCGAAACCUUGGAGAUGCGCGAAUUCGAACUCGGGUUUGAUCCACGCGAUGUACGGUACGAUACAGCCUUGUUGGUCCGUCGUCGGGAUGGUGAAGGAACAAGUGGUGGUCGUCAACUUGCGCCACUCCCCUUUGGCCGGUUCCUAUUGAACAAUUCCAAAUCGGGCACCCUCCGUUCGCUCGCGUUGGAGAGGUUACCUGAUAUGGUCGUGCGGAUGUGCGUCGAGUUUGUGCGCAUCGUGGGUAACCCAACUUCUCUUGACGAAGCUCGUGGGCUGGAAAGACUCGUGAUUGCAGAUUCGAAAUGGCCCGACUGGGAGCCGCUCUUUACGCCUAAACACACCACGGCGGUCCCACUCCCAUUUCUCAAAACGCUCGAGGUGCAGAUUGAGCAUUAUCCUGGUGUGAGGAGUGUAGGUGGUGUGAAUACCCGACCAGAGGUAUCGCUCGAGCGACAAGAGUGGAUGGAUGGGUUGACGCGAUUGGCAGAGUGGAGGAUGAGUCGACGUGCGGUGAUGGAGAUGCUUCAAGAGUGGAACACGACUGUACCCGCGUGGCUUGUCCAAUCUCAACCAGCCGACACUGUCAAUGAGACGGUCAAUACAGAUGACGAUGGGGAUAAAGGGGGAGUGGAUCCACGGACGGUGGAUGGGAUUUCGCUUGCGACUGGGUAUGUCGAUACGUAUCCGUUUUUGCAUGCCGCGUGGUUGGCAUUGCAGCGCGAACAACGUGAUGGGCUCAUCGAGGAGACGCCUCGCUCAGCGUGA